AUGAGGGCAUUAUCGUGCACAGGAUCAAGUGAGGCGGGCCUGGAGUCGUUGGUCGCAGUGGUCAACCCGGAUGGAAGCCGCCCACACAUGCGCGACUGUGAGCCGUGGGUGUUAGAGUUGAGUGUUCCUGGCGAGCGAGCGUGUUCGGCGGUGGUCUUGGUCUCGCCUAACAAGUGCGAAUGGGCACUGGGCUUAGGGUAUUACGACGAGUUUGAUUUACUGAAGGACGUGAGUAGGAUGAGACUGUAUGAUAGUCCGAUUCAGGGGGCGUCUUAUUUACCGUGGCGGUUGCCGGAGGCUGCGUCGACCGUGUUGAAGAUUGAAUCGGAGACUGAUUCGCCAGAGACUGAUUCGCCAGAGACUGAUUCGCCAGAGACUGAUUCGCCAGAGACUGAUUCGCCAGAGACUGAUUCGCCAGAGACUGAUUCGCCAGAGACGGAAGUUGGUGACCUGCUUAUGAGGCGGAGUGUGAAAAUGGGCUCGAGUAAAUUUGUACAGUCUGCCAUUGCGAGAGCGCUUGAGCGGCGGUUGGAGGAGACGCGGUGUCUAGAGGACGACGCGCACCAGGUGUGGCUGGAGGUAUUCCGACAUCCGCGGACGGCCCUGGAGGUGGUGGACACGGGAGCGGCGGCAGCCCAAGUAGUUUUCGGUCGUCGAGUGUCGAGGUCGGAGUUUGGUGACUUAUUGCCGACUCUACCGGCGGACUGGCAUGAGUGGGUGCGGGCGGGCGCGAGCGCUGUAGCUCGACAGUGGUUGUUGUCACGGGCCCCGUCGGCGGCUGCUCGGGUGCAACUCGGAUCAGCAGCGCGGACACGACAGGCAUGGCGGACACGACAGGCAUGGCGUAAGCAAGUAAAAGACUUUCUGUGUACGUACCAUCGGCAACUGAUCGGUAUCGGGUGCUUGACGGCAACGUUCGCAGGCCUGGCAGCCGCGAUCAGACAUAUUGCAACAACACCACCGCCUUUGAUGAGGUAUGGUGACUUUAGAGGCCAGGAAGUAUCCUGCGACUCGAUAAAGGAUCACGAGACGGAGAAAGAGGUCGUUUUGAACUGGUGGUUAAAGCCGGAUCCUUGUGAUGGCAGGAGUGGUAUACUUAAGCUCACAAGCGGGCGCAACCGCCGUCGCCGGCUGAAGGAUUGUUUCAGCUUCGGCGUGCCCUCUGCCUUCGACUACAUUGCUGUAAAUGAAGCCGCAGGCGACUACAUCUGGGCGAUAAACGAAAACCCGAUAGCCAUCUGUUUUACGGAUGCGGACACACGGCGGGAACUCGCUCACCGAGCAGCGCGGGAACUGAACAUCACCAUCGUGCCGACCAUUUCGUCGACAAACGUGACCGCCGUUUCGUCGACAAACGUGACCGCCGUUUCGUCGACAAACGUGACCGGCAUUAUCACCGACAUGGAAACCGAUGAGGCGGCUGCUAUGGCGGUGCCCUUUGACCAGAAUGCCAUACACCAGGUACGCCUGAUGCUGAAGAACAAGUACCCCGUCGAUGACGCCGCCAGUACCAUAUGCGUGGGUAACGCUCAGUGCAACGCCACGCUCAGUGCCCUCGAAAACAACUUCUGCCAUUUCGCGGAACUCAACUGCCAUUACAACUCCGGACCCGAUGACAAAGCUGCACCCCACCGUCUCAGCAUCACCGGCUUCAAAACGACAUGGAAAAUACUUAAUGAACACGUCCCUAUCUUCCACCGACCCGACUAUAUCGUCGAAGACUGUGAAGCCAUCUGUCACAAAGAGAACAGAACCGACACCUCGGCGGUCUUGUCCGACGCCACUCUCAACCCACAGGCCGUCCACGACCACUCCAGAGCCGGAUGGUAG